GGGUUGGCUCCCUCCAUUGUAGUGGAGCAGUUCUUGUGCCUGCAGUGGUGACCGCCGCUGUGUCUUUGGGUUCCCAGAGAGGAAAGAGAUAGAGGAGUAGAGCAGCAGACAAAUGUGGAUGGGAGGAAGCCGUCAGCACCAUAGUAACCAUUAAUCACCCAGGACCAUUGUGGUCCUGUCCUGUAUACAGCGCCAGUGCAGGCAGGCAGACAGAGAAAAAGAAGGAGAGAGGAAGAGGGAGAGAGGGGGCAGGGUGGCUGCAGGGAGAAAGAGAGGGAGAGAAUGGUUGGGGAUCAGCCCGUAUGUCCACCUCAGCUCCUACUGCGGGGCUGGGGAGCAGUGCUGCUGUCUCAGUGCUUGUCCUCGGUGUUCUCCCAGAUCCCGGAUCCUGAGCUUUUACCCACAAAUCCCCCAAAGAAGCCAGACCCCGUCAACUCAGAGACUGUUGUUUUCUGGGGGCUGCGGUUAUGGCAGGUCAUCGGCAUCUUCUCAGUGUUUGUUUUAGCAAUCGUUAUCACUCUGUGUUGUAUAUUCAAAUGUCGAAUUCCGAGAACCAAAAAGGAAAUUGAGGCGAGGCACGCGCAAAGAGAGGCCGCCAAGAAAUAUGCCAACACUUUAGAGACAGUGCCACCUCUGAAUGAGCUGACCGAGAUCCCAGGAUCUACUCCAGAUGCUUCUGCAGUGCAGACAGUCUCUGAGCAGGUCCAAAGUCAAAGUGCUAACAACAGCCAGCUCUCAGUAGUUCGGGUCAGUGAGGAGCACCCCAGCUCCCUCACUUUGUCAGAGACUGGAUGACUUUUCUCCUUUCAGAGCUUUCCUAUCCUUUCCUGUGACUAUAAAUUACAUAGUGUAUACAUCUGUAGUCACUCUAAAAGUCCUCUUCAUGCAUCUAACACGCAUAUAUCCUGCAGCCAGUCUUAGAUGCUAUUGCUACUAAUGGAAUUCAAGAGACUUCAUUCAAAUGCUUACCACCACAUCCUUUUUUAAAUUUGUAUACCCAGAAAAUACAAUUUUAGUAAAAUUUUAAUUUUGCAAAGCUUGCUUGGUAGUAGAGUUGUAGGGAUGCAGUGAGCUGCAACUGUGUGCACUAGAAACAAAACUUUUACUGUGGCUACAAAAUACAGAUGGUUCUGCUUUUGUGAAUAUGAUUUCUUUAGGGCAGCUGGACUUUUGUAGUUUAUAUUUUUGUAUUUUUGUGAGGCUCUGUCCUUUCUUAAGGCCUAGAUGUUUCUAAUAUAGAUGCACAUAUUUUGCUUCAUGCGUAUUUGCAUGAAAAUGUCAAGAGCAUAUAUGACUUUGAUAACUUAAAUUAUGAGAAAUAAAAUUGCUGUUACUGUAAGCAGUGAAAAUAGUAAUGCAUGCAGCAUGCCUGUUUGUCCUCUGUGUUCGUCUCUUUCCAUACCUGUCUGUUUGCUUUCCCAAUAAAGCAAAUUAUUCACACUUUCUCCUGCUAGUGUAAAUUAAAUAUGAUCACUGGUGUCAACGUCUCAUCUGUAAUUAAAAGUUCUUGUUUUUACUCA